GGUAUUUCGAGUACGAUUCCGGUCGUCCUCCUCUUCUCACGCGUUGCGAUGUUCUAGGAUCGCGUCAAAGGUGCCCAGGUGGCACUCGACAUCUCACGAACCAUGGAUUCCCCGGAGAGACCCAGAGGUGGGCUGUUUCUAAGGAGCAGCUCUAAUAAUCGUCGCACAAUGCACCGCCGGGAUUCCAAUAUGAGCACUGCCAGUUUUGUCUCUGAGGUUGAAAUGGCUACCGAUGAGCCAUUUUCUGGACCAAUAUCAGAGAGUGUACCGAGCAGCGUUACAGGCUUUGCGUACCAACGACCGAGGCAGCGGCAAGGUUCUAUCUCCAGCUUCACCUACUUUCAAGACGAGGACGAGACACCAGAAUACUCGGAUGAGGAGGCCAUCGAAGAUGUCAGCGAUGAAGAGAAUGGACAUAUACCCGAAAGGGAACGUGACCUGGAAGCUGGAGAUGGCACUCCCAUUCGACGCAAGUCUUCAAACAGGGCUUCGGUAGAUCAGCCACUCCUCCGCAGGCAUGCUUCUACGAGAAGCGAUGUUCAAGAGCACGAUGAUGGCGGCAGCUUCAGUCAGAAACUGUACAUCGAGAACGAAGACUUGACCAUGGUCAUUGCAGGUUUCUCGACCAGUUCGAUCGGGUACCUCCUCUACGUCGUCAUCUGCGUCUUGACCGCCGGUAUAGGAUAUCUUGUCUUCCGCUGGGCUCCACGAUGGCGCAUAUCGCUCGUUGGCUCUCCGACGCCCCUCAAAACGUGUUCCUGGGUGGUUGUUGAGAAUCAAUGGGGCGAAUUUACCGUCAACUAUAUCACGGUGGAAGACUAUGGCCAUCCCAUGUCGACGGUCUUCACCCGCUCGGGGAAGGAAAAGACCAACGGCUACCGCCAUGGAGAUCGCGAGCUACCCUCCUUGCGCUACCUUGACUACAGAUAUAUGAGGCUAUUCUAUCAUCCCCUGGAGGACAAGUUCGUUCUCAACAACGACUGGUGGGAUCCCCAGUGGAAGGCAGUUAAAACACUGAGAGACGGUCUGGAUACCGAAGAGAGAGACCCAAGGGAUCAAGUCUUUGGAAACAACGUGAUCGAAAUCCAGCAGAAGACAAUUCCAGAAUUACUCCUAGACGAGGCUUUUCACCCUUUCUACAUCUUCCAAAUCGCAAGUCUCAUCUUGUGGUCAGCGGACGAAUACUACUACUACGCCUUUGCUAUCUUUGUGAUAUCUGUCUUUUCUAUCACGACCACUGUUGUUGAGACUAGAGCAACCCUGGCACGUUUACGAGAGAUAUCACGGUUCGAAUGCGAUGUCAGAGUGCUUCGAAACGGUUUUUGGCGUUCCGCACUGUCUGGUGAAUUAGUGCCUGGUGAUGUCUAUGAGGUGUCAGAUCCAUCACUUUCGCAGGUCCCCUGCGACAGUUUACUCCUCUCUGGCGAUUGCAUCAUCAAUGAGAGCAUGUUGACUGGUGAAUCCAUCCCGGUCUCAAAAGUACCAAUCACGGAUGAGGCCCUCCCGUAUGUUGACUUGGGCGCGACCUCAAUUCACCCGAGUGUAGCUCGUUAUUUUCUCUUCUGCGGAACGAAAAUCAUCAGAGCCAGACGGCCGCAAGAUACAGAUGACGACGAGGCUGUUGCUCUCGCCAUGGUCGUUCGCACGGGUUUUAACACUACCAAGGGUGCGCUUGUGCGUUCAAUGCUCUUCCCUAAACCCUCCGGCUUCAAGUUCUACCGGGACUCCUUCCGAUACAUUUCUGUCAUGGGAUGCAUCGCGGCAGUUGGCUUCAUCGCUUCGUUCAUCAACUUCGUCAAGUUAGGCUUGGCAUGGCAUCUCAUCGUGGUGAGGGCAUUGGACCUCAUCACUAUUGUGGUACCACCAGCCCUGCCCGCAACACUCACCAUUGGUACGAAUUUUGCCCUGUCUCGACUCAAGAAACAGCAAAUUUUCUGCAUCAGCCCACAGAGAGUGAAUGUCGCUGGAAAGCUCGACGUUGUCUGCUUUGACAAGACUGGAACCUUGACCGAGGAUGGCUUGGAUGUGCUAGGAGUCAGACUUGUACAGCAUCCCGAGAUCCGCUUUGGAGACAUCCUCGAAGAACCACAUGAUGUUUUGCCACCAGCGUCCUAUGAUCGAGAUCCCACAGUCGACUAUCGUGUCAAUAAAAACAUGCUCUAUACUAUGGCAACCUGUCAUUCACUCAGACUGGUCGACGAUGAACUCAUUGGGGAUCCUCUCGAUCUCAAGAUGUUUGAAUUCACUGGUUGGUCUUUUGAGGAGGGGUCACGCGCCACAAGCCAUUUCAUCGAGCCUGGGACAAGUCAAAUCGCGCCAAGUGUGGCUUACCCACCGCAAGGAUUUGAGUAUGAUUUGGACGACUCGGAAAACAAUCCUCACCCUGUGCGCGUCGAGCUAGGCGUGCUGCGAUCUUUUGAGUUCGUCUCACACCUUAGACGAGCGAGCGUCAUUGUCCGUCAGAAUGGUGAUCCUGGAGCCAGCGUUUACGUCAAAGGUGCUCCAGAGGUCAUGAAGGAUAUUUGUACAGCUUCGAGCAUACCUGACGAUUUCGACGACCUACUAAGCUAUUACACUCACAAAGGAUUCCGUGUGAUUGCAUGUGCUUCCAAGUAUGUCUCGAGGUUGAGCUGGGACGAAAUCAAUACCAUGGAGAGGACCGAAGCAGAGUCGAGACUUCAGCUCAUUGGAUUCAUUGUCUUCGAGAACAAGUUGAAAGACAUCACGACCGAGAUCAUCGAAGAGCUGAAUGAAGCCCGCCUUCGAAACAUCAUGUGUACUGGCGACAAUAUCUUGACCGCUAUCAGUGUCGCAAGAGAAUGUGGUCUUGUCAACCGCGACGAGCAUUGCUUCGUCCCCCAUUUUAUGGACGGCGACAAAAUGGAUCCGAAAGCUCGAUUGUCUUGGGAAAGUGUCGACAACUCAAUGUACCAGCUCGAUGAGCACACUUUGCUUCCACUACAAUUGUCACCCGAAGAAGAUACUGCCGCCCCAUAUGAUGCACUAGCGAUCGGCGAUUACACCCUAGCCGUCACCGGGGAUGCGUUCCGCUGGGUCGUUGAUUUUGGCCCCAAAGAAGUCCUACAAAGAAUGCUUGUCAAGGGCUCGGUCUUUGCACGAAUGUCGCCGGACGAGAAGCAAGAACUCGUCGAAAAGUUACAAAGCAUCGACUAUUGCUGUGGAUUCUGUGGUGAUGGUGCAAACGAUUGUGGUGCUUUGAAGGCGGCCGACGUCGGUGUGUCACUUUCCGAAGCAGAAGCAUCUGUUGCAGCACCCUUCACCAGUCACAUUUUCGACAUUUCCUGCGUGCCAGCCCUCAUCAAGGAAGGUCGGGCAGCUCUUGUGACGAGCUUUUGCUGCUUCAAAUACAUGAGUUUGUAUUCGGCCAUCCAGUUCACGUCAGUCAGCUUCCUCUACGCAUCGGCAUCAAAUCUGGGCGACUUCCAAUUCUUGUUCAUCGAUCUCGCUCUGAUUCUGCCAAUCGCCAUUUUCAUGGGUUGGACAGGCUCUUACCCGGUCCUCAGCAAAAAGCGGCCUACUGCUAACCUCGUUUCGAGGAAGGUAUUGACUCCGUUGUUGGGUCAGAUUGCCCUGUCUAUUCUUGUCCAGCUGGUCGCAUUUCAAACAGUGCAGAACCAACCAUGGUAUAUACCACCUCGAUUGGACAGGAAGAAAUCGAACGUCGACAACUCGCAGAACACUGCGCUUUUCCUGGUAUCCUGCUUCCAAUACACGCUUUCCGGUGUGGUCCUUAGUGUUGGCCCGCCGUUCCGACAAUCGAUGACGACGAAUGUACCGUUCUGCGUUACAAUUGCGGUGGCAUCGCUCAUCUCGUUGUACAUGCUUCUCGACCCGGCGAAAUGGCUGGCAGAUUUCAUGGACUUGACAGAAAUGUCAUUGGACUUUGAACUGUUCCUGCUUGCCUUGGCAGUUGCUGGGUUUGCCUUGUCUUAUCUGGCGGAGCGACAUUUCUUCCCUGGCCUGUCGAAAUACAUCGGCCGGCUGAAGGAGAAGUUGAGACCUUCUCACCCGAAAAUAAGGAAGAAGUACAAGGUCAUCAUUGAAGAUAUACAGAAAAGUAAAUAGACUCUGUACAGCACAACAUGUACAACACUUAAAACGAGGUAGACUCCAACGCAGUCGGAAAAACAGUUCAAUUGGGUCAACGUAUCUCUUGAGCAAUUUUCACUAUUUGUACUACAGGAGGCCAUCUUCGGAUGUGGAUUGCUUGCGAAUGAGACAGCCUCUGAAGGUUUGAAGGUGCCCUUCGAAGUCAUUCAGUCCGUGCUGUGCCUGUUGACCGUAUCCCUUACCAACGGUCGUUGCUCUCGUGGAGAAGUCUACAUGAGACACUGUAAUUUAUAUGCAUGGAGGGGAAUCGCCAUCAACCGGCUUCUUGUACAAGCACCCUCCUCCGGCCUAAGAAGCCGC